GGAGCGGAGCCGAGCGGGGCCGGACGGACCAUGGCGGGGGUCCCGGGGGGGGUCCCGGCGGAUGUCGCGACAGAUGCCACCACGGGCGACGGGCGCGUGCGGGCGCUGCAGCGGGAGGUGCAGGGGGUCACCACCAUCAUGACGCAGAACGUGGAGCGGAUCCUGGCGCGGGGGGAGAACCUGGAGCAGCUGCACAGCAAGAGCCAGGACCUAGAGGCCACGUCAGAGCACUUCCGCACGACGUCCCAGAAGAUGGCCCGGCGCUACUGGUGGAAGAACGUGAAGCUGCUCAUCAUCCUCGGCCUCGUGGGCGUCAUUGUCCUCAUCCUCAUCAUCCUCCUGGCCACUGGCACCAUCCCCACCUAGAGCCACUGUCCCCACGGGGACAUGGCCACCCCAGGGCCCAAAUACAGGGGGAAGAACCAG